AUGCGAGUCGCUCGACGGAUUUCGUUAGGUCGAAGAAUUUCAUCAGCUCAGCGUUUCCUGUUUCUUACUUAUGCUAUUGCCCUUCUACACGCUGGGAAUGCAGCAGACGAGCGCAUUCACCACCGCGAUGCCCUUUCUCGGGCCAUUAUCGAUGCUUUCCCGGACGUCCCCACUCUCAUCGAUUUCGGUUUCCCGGACCAUCUAUGCGGGACGUGGCAUCACAAUUACACUCGCAUGCACCAACAAAUCCGGGCAGCCAGCAAAAAUCCCUCCUCUGCCCCGCCGCCUGACACGCCGCCCGUGAAAUUUCUCACCUUUGACGGCCUCAGCCACUGCGACAGCCUCGGGGAGACCCUCAUGGGGCUGACGUCAGCAUUCACUGUAGCUCUCCUCACUAACAGAGCCUUCGUUAUAAAGCACCCGUGCAUCCCCAUGGCUUUUGAACCGGCGCUGAUCGACUGGCAACCCACAGAGGACGUUGGAUUCGAGCCGGUCAGAAACGAAACGUUUCCGUUGGACCCUCCUGAUCGGGCAGUCACGCCGGCAAUAGGAGCGAGCGAUAUUGUGGAAGUUAAUUUGGAAUUACAUCCCGAGGCGCACCCGGAAAAGGUGUUUCCGAAGGUGGAAGCUGCGAGGAACCUGCGUGUGGUGUGGAAUAAGGAUCUGCUGGUGCAUAUGCUGAAGGGGGCGAAUGAAUCGGUGUGGGGGGAGAGACUCAGGAGCAUGGGUGUGCGAAUUCCGUACGCUUUCGGCUGCUUCGUCCGAUACCUGUUGAGGCCCAAGCCGGAGGUGUGGCACAGGAUGCAGCCGUUUGAGAAGCAGCUGAGGGGCGACAAGGUGGUGAGCAUCGGCAUGCAUGUGAGACAGUUCGGCCGCGGCAUCCCCCCGCCCAACACCACUGUCAGCCUGGAGGAAGUGAAGCAAGUCAUGGACGACGUCGUGUGGCCCGCCAUUGAGUGCGCCAAGUUUGUGAUCACCGAAUUUGAACCGUGGGUCCCACCCUCCCUCCUCAGCAUCAGCCAGUAA